AUGGAAGCCGUCCAAGUCAUCUCCACAACUACAAUCCAAGCACCGAGUAACAAUAUUAACCAUAACUCACCUCACAAAAUCGAUUUAACUCCGUGGGAUCUCCAAUUCCUCCCAAUUGAAACCAUUCAAAAAGGACUUCUUUUUCGCAACCAAAAUCACACACCAAACCAAAUUAAGAACCUCCAACAUUCCCUUUCAUCCACUCUUGCCUUUUUCCCACCCCUCGCGGGUCGUCUCGCCGUUUUCCAACAUGAUGACAACACUGUCUCGUCCCACAUCGCAUGCAACAACGCAGGUGUCCUUUUUGUCCACGCGGUUGCACCCAACACCACCGUUGCCGACAUCCUUAAACCCAACUACGUUCCUCCCGUUGUCCACUCCUUCUUUCCACUUAACGGAGUCAAAAACUACGAAGGCACGUCACAGCCCUUGCUGGCAGUGCAAGUCACGGAGCUAGUUGACGGCGUCUUCAUCGCCCUCACAAUGAACCACGUGGUAGCCGACGGCAAGUCGUUUUGGCAUUUCGUCAAUUCCUGGGCUGAAAUCUCACGUGGUUCACGUGAAAUAUCCAAACUCCCUUCUCUCGAACGUUGCUUUCUGAUUCUGAGUGACACAGAGACCCCCAUACGGUUUCCUUUCAGAAAGGAGGAAGAAAAACAACACUCCCAAAACCUCAAUCCACGUGAGAGGGUGUUCCAUUUCACGAAGGAAAAAAUGGCGCAACUCAAAUCGAAAGCCAACGCAGAGGCCAACACCGACAAAAUAUCUUCUCUGCAAGCGCUCUUAACUCUCCUUUGGCGCACUGUGACACGUUGCAAACGUGUUGACCCGCAAGAAAACAUGCACUACGUGUUUUUCAUUGGCGUUUGGUCGAGGAUGGUUCCACCACUGGAGGCUAGUGUGGUGACGAUGAAAGCCGGGGAACUGUUGGAGGGUGGGGUGGGAAAGGCUGCUUGGGAGAUGAACAAGGUCAUUUCUUUGCACUCUCAUGAUACCAUAAAAAACCACAAUGAGUGUUGGGUGAGAAGGCCAAGGGUGUUAACGCUGCCGAGUGGCGAUAGUAGUAAUUACUUGAUCACUAGCAGUUCACCGAGGUUCAACAUAUAUGGUAAUGAUUUUGGGUGGGGAAAGGCUGAAGCAGUUCGAAUUGGCGGUGGACAUAGACGUAGCGGAAUGAUUACUGUGUUUGGUGGCGCUGAAGAAGGCUCUAUUGACAUUGCGGUGGACCUUCCUUAUGAGAUUUUGGAGGCCAUGGGAAAUGACCCUGAGUUCAUGGAUUUCAUGUCCAACUAA